ACGCAUACGGAUGCCAUUGGUUCACACCGACGCACAAGGCCUGGAGUUUGAAAGGUGUCUGGGCCCAGGCGAGCUGGCUGUACCGUUAGCCUCAUUGCGAACAAAGUUAUUAUAUAUUUUUAAAAGAAAAUCAAGGAAUUUUUUGAGCCAUUUCACGAGAAAGGACACUCGCUACUUUUGGAUGAUGCUGCUAUUACAAGGGGGAACUGUCCGGUUGGAUGCGUGAAAGCGGACGUGUUUUUGAAUGGCAUCGUUUUCGUGCUUUUAUUGACUGAGUUGCCGUGAACUCCGCGCAAGGAGAAAAGAAGGCUAGCUAGCUAAGUUGCUAACUCGCGUGCUAACCACUUCCUUGUUGCACACUGGAGCGAGAUGGAAGGCGAAAAGAAGUUUGUGAGAGGGACACGGGGUUUAUUUUUAUUCUCGCUUUGACACUAUUGGGCGAAUGGACUUCUACGUUUUAGGAGAACUGGAUUUUAAAUGUGGAGGAGCCUCGGGCCUGUGCUUUGACCAGUAAAUGGAGUCUGAGUGUCUAGCCGGCUAAUCGAGCUAGCAUUAGCUAGCAUUUCUGGGAGAUGUCCGUCCUGGAAUACAAUGGUUGAGUAUCGACUGGCUCUGUAAAUAAGUACACAACAUACUGUGAGUUUUGUGCGACAGAAUCCAUUGGCACCGAGUGUCACGCGAAUCGCCGUCUGAAGUAACUCACUUUAUCUCAGCCGUGUUAGCUUUGUAAUGCUAAUGUUAAGCUGCGGCUAGCUGUCUUAAUUGUGAAUUUGCAGUCACGUUAGCCAACUUGUCUGUUACACAGCUAGCUCAAUGUUUUCUUCCACGACACGGGAAGCAGCAGAGCUUAGGUAAUAUACGCCGCAUAUUGUUAUUUUUCAACGUUAGAGGGUUUAUUUGGUGGAUAGAUGCCUAAUUCGGAGGUGCUUCGCGAGGGUCGGGGACGGAGCCCCGCUGCACAGAGAAAUGCGAACAGGCAAGACAGGCGUAGUAAACCUGGGAGCGGUGGCUCUCAGCGAGAGAGACACCGCGAGAAGAGGCGCUCGUCGGCUUCUAGGAGAAAGAAACGCAGGCAACCCAAAGACAGAGACUUGUGGCAUUGUGAUUCGGUGGAAGACCCCGAUAAUGGCCGAAAGGGCGCCUUUGAAAAGGAGGUUGAACUUCGGACGCUCGUGGAGUACGACGACGUGAGCUCCCAGUCUGAACGCUUUUCUGGGAGCCCCUCUCCCAAACUUGACCCCCACGCUGACAGCGUCUCCGUGGACCGCCUCAGCGAUGUUGACUUUGGUGACUACAAUGGACCAGCAUCCCCAGACAGAAGCAACCCGAGAGACCGGGAGGCGGUGAGCCUGAGCAAGGACUCGCAAACAAGAGGACCAUCUGACAGGAGCAGGCAAGAGAAGGAGCAGGCCAGGAAAAAGGACCGACAGAGCCGGGACAGGGACUCCUCAAAAGCCAGGAGUGGAGGUAGCCUGAGUGGAUCUAAAAAUCACAGAGACACUACAAGGAGCGGUGACAGAAAUGGUAAAAGGACAUCUACAUCCCAGUCCUCGCUGACGGCAGAUAAAAGGGAUUCAAAAAGGCACAGGAGUAAAACUAGAUCUGAUAAAGAGCCCCCGUCUGCAUACAGAGAUGCUCCACAAUCUUACAGAGACGACCGUGACGACCUCAGGGUAUACAGGAGAAGUCCUGGUUUGAAAUCAGAAAGUCCCUAUGGGACAUCAUAUUCAUAUAGCUACCAGUCUCCUGGUGGUUAUAACCAGCUGAUAUCUAGAAGAAGUCCAACUUACGGGAGCAAGAAACUGUCUCCCACUUCCACAUAUUACAGCCGGGAUACAGAUGUGUAUGGCGCGUACAGUGCGCCGAAGUCACCCAGUUCAUACUCGAGCAACAAAAGGAAGAGGUCCCCUGCGAGUCCGGUGAAUUGGCGCAGGUCACCGAGCUAUGGUCGACACAGUCCAUACGAACAAGGAGAGUUUGGCUCAAGUCCUUACGGAAACCGCAGGAGAUCACGAAGUCCGUACAGGAAGUCCCUGAGCCCCAGUACAGAUGUCAGGCGAUCUGCCAGGUCCCGUAGCCGAAGUCCGUAUUCAACUUCAAGGCAUUCGCGUUCUCGUAGUCGCCACCGCCACUCGCGUUCCCGCAGCCGCCCCUCUAGCCUUUCGCCGAGCACACUCACCUUCAAAACCAGUCUAGCUGCUGAACUCAGCAAGCAGAAAAAGGUUAAAGCCGCAGAAGCGGCUGCCAAGGCGAAGAACUCCAGCAACACGUCGACUCCAACAAAGGGUUCUUCAUCCGCCCCCCAGCCCAGCCCCAAAUCAAACCACACAUCCAGGAAGGGCCGUCCUCCCUCGCCACCUCCGCCAGAGAAAGGUCCCAGGACUCCCACUACCAGCCAGCCUCAGUCCCCCUCUGACAGGUCAUCCAAGAGGACCACCGAGCACACGACCAGCAGGGACAGAGAUGGAAAGGGGAAGGACGACUCUGUCCAUCGGGACAAGAGAAAAGCGCCAGCAUCUGGACAGGGGAAGGACAAGGAACGCUCCACUGGAUCAAUCAUCUCUGCUCUGUCAUCGCUCCCAUUGCCCCAAACUGUUCUUGAGCACAUGGACAAAGGAGAAAGCUUGAAGGAUGGGUCACUCUCAGGGAAGAAGAAGUGUGAGAGAAAGGCUCGCCCACUCCUGACGGACUUGCCUCUGCCUCCCGAACUUCCUGGUGGCGUGUCGUCCCCGCACAGUUCACCCGAGGACAAAAAGUCUCAAGCACUUCGCAGAAGACCUAAAAUUUGUGGCCCAAGAUAUGGUGAGAUUAAAGAAACUGAGAUUGACUGGGGGAAGCGUUGUGUGGACAAGUUUGAGAUCAUUGGUAUCACAGGGGAAGGUACCUAUGGUCAGGUGUACAAAGCUAAAGACAAAGACACUGCUGAAAUGGUGGCUUUGAAGAAGGUCAGACUGGACAAUGAAAAGGAGGGCUUCCCAAUUACGGCCAUCAGAGAGAUUAAAAUUCUGCGACAGCUCAACCACAAAAGCAUCAUAAACAUGAAGGAGAUUGUCACAGACAAGGAGGAUGCUCUGGACUUUAAGAAUGAUAAAGGUGCUUUUUAUCUUGUUUUUGAAUACAUGGACCACGACUUGAUGGGUUUGCUCGAGUCGGGCCUGGUCCAUUUCAACGAAAGCCACAUCAAGUCGUUCAUGCGACAGCUGCUGGAGGGCCUCGAUUACUGCCACAAAAAGAACUUUCUGCACAGAGACAUCAAGUGCUCCAACAUCCUGCUCAAUAACAAAGGUCAAAUAAAGCUGGCAGACUUUGGUCUCGCUCGGCUGUAUAACUCUGAAGAGAGUCGACCGUACACCAAUAAAGUGAUCACGCUGUGGUACCGGCCCCCGGAGUUGCUCCUGGGAGAAGAGAGGUACACGCCGGCCAUUGAUGUGUGGAGCUGCGGAUGCAUUCUUGGAGAGCUGUUCACAAAGAAACCCAUCUUUCAAGCCAACCAGGAGCUUGCUCAGUUAGAGCUUAUUAGCCGAAUAUGCGGCAGCCCCUGUCCUGCUGUCUGGCCCGAUGUGAUAAAGCUUCCGUUCUUCAACACCAUGAAACCAAAGAAGCAGUAUCGCAGACGGUUACGAGAGGAGUUUGCUUUCAUCCCUCCUUCUGCCCUCGACCUGUUUGACCACAUGCUAAACCUGGACCCCAGCAAACGCUGCACGGCCGAACAGGCGCUGGGCAGCGAGUUUCUCAAGGACGUGGAUCCAGACAAGAUGCCUCCACCAGAUCUUCCACUGUGGCAGGACUGUCAUGAGCUGUGGAGUAAGAAGCGUCGUCGACAGAAGCAGAUGCCGGAAGAACUGGCGGCUCCGAAGGCUCCCCGCAAAGAGCUGGGCCUUGACGACAGCCGCAGUAACACCCCGCAGGGUUUCUCUGCCCCCGGAGGCAUCAAAGCCCAGAAUGCAGCCACUUCUGCACUGCUUGAUCCAAAGGGUCCAAACUCGCAGUUCACCCAGGAGCAGCUGGCAGUCCUCCUGAACUUCUUUGGUCAGCCCAAGAGUACGGCCAACACAGCCCAGUUUGUCCAGUCCAUGAGCACAAAGGUCAACCAGGAGACUUUACAGCAGCUUUCUAAAGCCUUAGCUCCCACUGAGCCAGCCGAGCCUCCUCCUCCUCCCCCUCAACCUGCACCCGCCCCCGCCAAGCCCCCCCAGCCCGCUGCCCCAGCAGGAGUCCCCCGCACACCCCCGAUGCCCAAGCCUCCUUCGCCCCCUAUGUCCGCGCCGCCUAGUAUUCCGGAGGGUGAGGCUGCAGCUGCCACGCAGACAGCCAUGACCAUGCUGCUAGCUCAGCUCCUCCAGGCUCAGCAGGCUCAGAGGCCGGAACCGAGUGACAGCGGAGAAGGGCCAGAGAGCACCAACCCUAGUGGGACAGCUGCACCGUGUCUACCUCCAGAGGUCAAACAGCCUCCAGAGCCCAGCCCAGUCUCUCCAGUGUCUGAGGUAGGUGGAGUGUCCAUCCUGCCCCCAGACCAGAGACCUCCUGAGCCUCCAGAGCCUCCUCCACAUGCUGACCUAGACUAUCGUCAACCACCACCCGAGCCCAAGACGGGCCACGCUCCCCCCAUUGCAUCCGCAGGUGGAGGUGACGGGGGGAGACCCCCGGAGCCAGACUACCCACCUCUGGCUACUGCAGAAGCUUCUGGAUACGGGGGAGAGUACAGCCACCCACCCCCUCCGCCUUUCACUCCUGCCGGGUUCGGGGACAGCUACAUGGGUCACAUGUUAGGCGGAGGCCUGCCACCUCACUCUAUGAGAGAAGUGUUCAGCGGGCCCGGACAGGCCUCCAGCUCGUCGUCUGCUGCCGGAGUCCUGGCGCCGGCCCACCCAGACCCUUUCCCUCCAGGCGCAGGAGCCACCGGACCCAGCAGCAUGGUGUUCGCUGGGGAUAAGGACCACCGUUUCGAGUACAAUCACAGCCCAUUACCCGUGGAGGGACAGCCCAACCCCAGCGCCAUCCACCUGUACAACCACGCCAUGGCGAGAAAAGAUGGUGUUGCCCCUCACCCACCCCACCCGGCUCCGGGACAACCCUGGGGCUCCCCUUCCCAAGUCGGGGCUCCACCACUACCGCUCGGCUUCGUUCCACACGUGAACUCGACGACAACAAUCAGAGGACGAGGGCUGCCUUUCUGAAAGACUGGAAACAAGAAAUGUGACAACGGACAAAAGGCUUAGAGGACUCUUAUUUCGAGCCUGAAGCCUCUCAGGCCAAACGAGAAGGAUCUGGAGAUUCACAUUCACUUUGUAAUAACUUAAAAUCUGUGUAAGGCAUUGUAUUCCUCCUCAGUCUGGAAUGCGGAGUACGCUGCAGGAGGACAGUUGAAUAACACCGGAGGAGCUUUUCUUGCUCAUACCAUUUUCAUAUUUUUUUGUAAUCUAUUCUGCUGUCUUUUAAAUUAAACCUUUACCUUUUUUGAGUGUACAUUUAUCAGGCCAGGUAAAUUUUAAUCUCUACCUUCGCCUUUCUGUAAUUGCUCUAAGGCAGACUAGUAUUAAUGUUUUGCACUACUGACUGAAGUAGGCGGAAACUAUUUUAGCUAUGAAAGGAAAUGGAUGAUGUGCUAUAUCUGCACAGUUAGGACUAUGACCGGUAAUGUGGUGUCCUCUUGUUUUUUAUUUUUUAUUUUUUAAUGGCCCAAUCAAAGGAGCCAUCAUUUGAUGGAUCAAACAUCAGCACAGGGAGCUAUUUGACGAUACGAACUGGUAGCACUUGGUCGAAUGCAGCGACUUCAACGGACAAAGGCUGGUUCAAUUUGAAUUCCACAUGCCUUUUUUUGUCUAUAGGUGUUGUAAAAUUACAAGCAAAACAAACAUAACCCGAAAAGGAUACAAUGUCUUUUUUUUUUUUUUUUUUUUUGUACUAAAAUGAUUUGUCCCCCUUCCUCCUCCUUUGGCAAAAGUUUAUUAAAGAAAUGCCAACAGUG